GCUGAGGAGGAGGAAGAGGAGACUGCGACUGAAGGCGGCACUGCCAGGGGCUCUGGGCAUGUGGGUCCAGCAGGUACCCUGGUCAUUCACUUGGGCUGUGCUGCAGUUGAGCUGGCAAUCAGGGUGGCUUCUAGAGGUCCCCAAUGAGCCCUGGAGGUCCCUCACCUUCUCCCCAGCCUGGCUCACAGUGUCAGAAGGAGCAAAUGCCACCUUCACCUGCAGUUUGUCCAACUGGUCGGAGGAUCUUCGGCUGAACUGGUACCGCCUGAGUCCCAGCAACCAGCGUGAAAAGCAGGCUGCCUUUUGUAAUGGUUCGAGCCAGCCUGUCCAGGAUGCCCGCUUCCAGAUCAUACAGCUGCCCAACAGGCAUGACUUCCACAUGAACAUCCUUGACACACGGCGCAACGACAGUGGCAUCUACCUCUGUGGGGCCAUCUCCCUGACCCCCAAGCCAAAAAUCAAGGAGAGUCCUAGAGCAGAGCUCGUGGUAACAGAGAGAAUCCUGGAGACCUCAACAAGAUAUCCCAGCCCCUCGCCCAAACCAGAAGGCCGGUUUCAAGGCAUGGUCAUUGGUAUCAUGAGUGCCCUAGUGGGUAUCCCUCUAUUGCUGCUGCUGGCCUGGGCUCUAGCUGUCUUCUGCUCAACAGGUAUGUCAGAGGCCAGAGGAGCUGGAAGCAAGGACGACACUCUGAAGGAGGAGCCUUCAGCAGCACCUGUCCCCAGUGUGGCCUACGAGGAGCUGGACUUCCAGGGACGAGAGAAGACGCCAGAGCUCCCUACUGCCUGUGUGCACACAGAGUAUGCCACCAUUGUCUUCACUGAAGGGCUGGGUGCCUCAGCCAUGGGACGUAGGGGCUCAGCUGAUGGCCUGCAGGGUCCUCGGCCUCCAAGACAUGAGGAUGGACAUUGCUCUUGGCCUCUUUGACCAGAUUCUUUAGCCAUUAGCAUACUGCAGACCCUCCACAGAGAGCACCGGUCCAUCCCUCCAUCAAGAGGAGCACGCAGGCUACAGUUCAGCCAAGCCUCCCAGGGUCUGAGCUAGCUGGAAUGACAGCCCAGCGCCUGCACCAAUUCCAGCACAUGCACUGUUGAGUGAGAGCUCACUUCAGGUUUACCACAAGCUGGAAGCAGCAGCCUUCCCAGUUUCCUAUUGUCACAAGGUGCAGAGCUGGGGCCUAAGCCUAUGUCUCCUGAAUUCUACUGCUGGGCACUUCUAGGGACUUGAGACACUAUAGCCUAUGGCCUCUGUGGGUUCUGUGCCUGGAAAUGAAGGGACCUGAGUACACCCUGCUUUGAAUGGCCCUGUAAGGCAACCCCAUAACAAGGGGGUCCAGGUAUACUAUGGGCCCAGCACCUAAAGCCACCCUUGGGAGAUACUCAGGUGGGAAAUUCGUAGACUGGGGGACUGAACCGAUCCCAAGGUCUGGAAAAGUUUUGAUGAAGACUCGAAAAGCUCCUAGCUUCGGGGGGCUGGGAAGCAUGAGCACUUACCAGGCAAAAGCUCCGUGAGCGUAUCUGCUGUCCUUCUGUAUGCCCAGGUACCUCCGUUUUUUUUCUACAGCAAGGAAGCUAGGGCAAUAAAGGGAACCAGCAGAGCUAGAGCCACCCACACAUCCAGGGGGGCACUUGACUCUCCCUACCCCUCCUAGGAACCAAAAGGACAAAGUCCAUGUUGGCAGCAGGGAAGGAAAGGGGGACAUAAUCUUGACGCACACCAACACUGGGGUGUUAGAAUCUCCUCAUUCACUCUGUUCUGGAGUUCGGUUCUGGCUCUCCUUCACACCUAGGACUCUGAAAUGAGCAAGCACUUCAGACAGUCAGGGAAGCAAGAGUCUAGCUGUCUGGUGGGCACCCAAAAUGACCAGGGCUCAAGUCCCUUUCCUUUGGUUUAAGCCCGUUAUAAUUAAAUGGUACCAAAAGCUUUAA